AUGACCUGCAAGAUUUUUGAUCCGUUGGGUUUAUUAUCUGCAAGCAUUAUAAAGUCAAAAAUCUUUCUUCAACAAUUGUGGAGUAAUAAAAUCGAUUGGGAUCAGCCUCUUCCUAGUGACGAAGCUAGUAAAUGGACUUCUUUUAUUCAAAAUUUGGCUCAAUUGUCAUCAAUAGUAAUACCUAGGCAUGUGUUAAAAUAUACUGAUUGUGACAUUGAUCUGCAUUGCUUUGUGGACGCAUCUCAGCACACAUAUGGGGCCACUGUGUACUUACGAACCGUAGAUAGAGAAGGGCACGUUAAUGUACAGCUGUUAUGCGCUAAAGCACGAGUGGCGCCAUUAAAAACGUUGACGAUACCACGCCUUGAGCUAUGUGGUGCGUUGCUAGGAGCACGAUUGUGUGCCAAGGUUAUAGAAUCACUUACUUGUAAUAUUAGCAAAAAAAAAAUAUGGACCGAUUCUACUAUUGUGCUAGGUUGGUUAAACACUCAAUCCCGAAAUUUAAAAACCUUUGUUUUAAACAGGGUAAUCGAAAUAAACGAUCUUACUAAGGAAUUCGCUUGGAUGCAUGUACCAACAGAUCAGAAUCCUGCUAAUUUAGUGUCCAGAGGGAUUGAACCGCAGCAGCUUCAGGAUUCUACUUUGUGGUGGCGAGGUCCUUCCUUCUUAGCGAAGGAAGAAUCUGAGUGGCCUAUUCAAGGGUCCUUUGCAACUAAUAAUUUACCAGAGUUAAAAGUAUUUACAUGUACGAAAGUGGACACUAAAAUUAAUAACUGUUCACUUGUAAAAUUCGAAAAAUAUUCUCGAUAUGAUAAAUUAAAGAGGAUCGUAGCUUAUGUCUUAAGAUUUAUAAAUAAAUGUCGUAAAAAUGCUGUAAGUAAUGAUGUAAUUGAACCUGAGGAACUGGAGAACUCGUUAAUGUUGUUAGUUAAGCAAGCUCAGUUAGAAUCGUUUGCUAAUGAACUUUAUACUAUUGCUAAAGAUAAAAGUUUGCCUCUUAAGUCUAAAUUACUGCCUUUAGAUCCAUUUAUAGAUACGUUAGGAAUUCUCCGAGUAGGUGGCAGAUUGCAAAAUUCAAAAUUUGAUUUUAAUAAAAAGCAUCCUAUUUUAUUAGACGGCAAACAUCAUUUUUCUAAAAUACUCAUGAGGCAUGAACACAUUCGUUUACUUCAUGCUGGUCCACAGUUAUUACUAGCUGCGGUACGCGAAGAGUUUUGGCUUAUCGGGGGCAGAAACUUAGCUCGCAGCGUAACGAGAAAGUGCAUUGUUUGUGCGCGUAUGCGUGGUCAAGUGAUAAAACCUAUAAUGGGUACUUUACCGUCUGUAAGAGUAUCCUCAAGCUUCGCUUUUGAUACUUGCGGAAUUGAUUUCGCUGGGCCUUUUUUAAUUGCUAGCAAAAAGGGUCGUGGCAGUAAUAUAACCAAAUGUUUCCUUGCACUGUUUGUUUGUCUUCAAACAAAGGCUCUGCACUUAGAGACGGUGAGCUCAAUGUCUAGCGAUGCUUUUCUUCUUUGCCUACGCAGGUUUGUGUCUCGACGGAGCAGACCUCAAGUAAUUUACUGCGAUAAUGGUACUAAUUUUGUGGGUGCAAAGAAUGAAUUAGGUAGGGUUCUUAAAGCCAGCCGUCAGUCCGUGUCCGAUUACGCAAGCGCUGAAAAGAUUAAGUUUGUAUUCAGUCCCGCGUACGCGCCUCAUUUCGGAGGAAUCUGGGAGGCUGGUAUUAAGUCAGCAAAGAGCCAUUUAAAACGUGUAGCAAGCAAUGCUUCUCUGACGUUUGAGGAACUAGCGACGCUUUUUACCCAAAUAGAAGCAAUCCUUAAUUCCCGCCCGCUAUCUCCUCUUUCGUCAGACCCCACUGAUCUAUAUCCAUUGACUCCAGGACACUUUUUGAUUGGGCGACCUCUGAUGUCGGUACCGUCACUGCCUGUCACCACUAAAAGGCCUAACAGAUAUGAGUUUAUUGAGCAGCUGAGACAACACUUUUGGGAGCGUUGGCGCAGGGAGUUCAUCGCUGAGCUGCAGCAACGAACGAAAUGGCGAACUCGGCAGCGUGACCUUCAAAUCGGCGACAUGGUUGUCCUGAAAGAAGACCAAUUACCUCCACUACGAUGGCGCCUUGGGCGCAUUACUCGAUUGUACCCUGGUCCAGAUGGCAUAAACAGAGUAGCAGAUAUCUUCACAGCAAAAGGAACUAUGAGGAGAGCAUUCAAUAAAAUAUGCCUUCUUCCAACAUCUCCGGAUGCCUAA